AUGUCUGAUAUUGAUCUCAAAAGUGCUGAUGCUCCAGUUAAGGAAGAUGGAAAUUUAGGAGAAUUGGCAUCGUUGGUUAGUUUUUACGGGGUUUUUGUGAAGUGAUAGAGAUAUUGUGGAAAUGAGGAAAAUACGAAAAAAUCGAAAUUGACCAGUUUUUCUGAACAUGUUUCUAACGGACUGUUUUUUGAAGCUCUAUAUUAUACAACUUUUUAAUUUUCCGAAAAUUCAUGAGUUAUUUCAAAAAAAUAUGUUGAAAUAAAAUAAAAAUCGAAGAAAACAGAAUUUUCCGAAAAAUGAGUCAUUUUAAUCAAUUUUUCUGGAAAAUAUGUUGUUUCAAACUUGGAAUUCUAUUAUUUUUAUACGCAUUAACUGAAAUACAUUUUUUCAAAUACAAAACUGGAAAUGUGAUUUUUAUUAUGCAAAUUUUAUUGAACAAAAGACUAAACCUCGAAAUAUAAAUAUUUUUCAUCCUUUUUCCUCACAAAAAAUAACUAUAUUUUCAGAUUCAAGGAGUUUUGCAACAAACUCAGGAUCGUUUCCAACAUAUGUCAGAUCAAAUUAUUCGACGAAUCGAUGAUAUGACAAAAAGAAUCGAUGAUUUAGAGAAAAAUAUUAAUGAUUUGAUGCAACAAAAUCAAAUCGAUCAACCAUCAACUCUUUAA